GACAUCAGUGAAUCCAGCAAUGGCAUAUAUCCAUAAAAAUGUUCUAAAUCAUUCUUCGCCAAUUACAAAAACCAUUCAAAGAAUAUAUUAAUUUAUAAUGCAUGUUCAAUAAUUUGUAAGUUAUUUAAUGUUAUGAAAACAGCAGUCCUUUCCUACUUCUUUGCUUGUUUGGUAAUAAAAACAAUCCUUGGAUUAAAAUAAAACUUUAACAAUUUAAGCAAUGAGAACAAUACAUUUAUUGCCUACAAUGUCAGUGCAUGGCUAAAUAGUCAAAACAACCUCUAUGAAUCUUCAAUAUUUUAGGUACGGCUUGAACCCGAGAGGCCGCGGGGUACGUUAUGGCUUCGCCCGCAAGGACCCGACGGGUGUCGCGGAGACGAGCACGAUGAGAAGCAACUACGAGCCACGAGCGUGGCACGGCCACCGGCUGCGGGAAGAGCUCAGCACCAGGACUGCCAACACGGCAGCGCAUUCCCCUCUCGCCGCCACUCCCGAGGUCACUGUUCCUGUGGUGCUGAUCAUGAUGUUGAUAGCCGGCUUAUCCUGCCUUUUAUUCGUGGUGUUUGUCUUCUGGAGGUUUUGGCCCGACUUACGAAACUAUCUGAACACUUCUAUGAACAUCAGCGGAUUCCGACCGAUCUCGGAGCCGCAGUACGUGAUCUUCAGCCCGCCGCCGAAGGACCGGAAGCGCUACAUCCCCAAGUGCAAACUGCCGGCGGACUCGGGGGCGCGCACGGACACCUUCACCACCUGCUCCGAGGUGGUGACGGUGCAGGUGAUCCCCGGCGACGGGGACUGCCUGUUCGCGGCGCUGGCGCACCAGAUCUUCCGCCGGCCGGUCGGCUCGCCCGAGCACGCCAGCAACACGGCGAUGCUCCGCGCCGAGGCCGUGGCAUACCUGCGGGCCCGCGUCUCGUCCUUCCGCGAGCUGCUGCUCAGCGGGGGUGGCGUUCCUGGGCGGGCGGUACGCCAACGCGCCGUCCGACGACGACAAGAUCCGGCGCUUCCUGGACGACCUGGCGAGGCCGGGGUUCUGGGGCGGGGCGGAGAGCAUCGCCGCCCUCGCCAACCACCUGCUGAUGCACGUCGCCAUCUACCCCGAGGGCGGGACCAUGUUCGUCAUCAAGAACGUGACCGACGAGGCGACGAGAGUUGCGCGCAUCGCAUACCGCCUGUCCAAGGCGGGCGACGGCAGCUACAGCCACUACGACAGCGUGCUGAGCGUGCAGCCCGGCAGCCCCUAGUGCAUGCUGAAAUAUCUCUCAUGAUCGCCGUCACGGGACUCAUGUUGAGACAACCAGAGUCCUCUUAAUUUGGACUAGUGAGUUUUUGUAUUCUCUUUUAGACCAACUAAUGUUUACACUAGCUGUUUUGCAAUUACAAAUAUUUAUAAAAAGUA